AUGGAAUAUAUUAUACAGUCAGUAAGAGAUUUUCGAUUGACAACUUCAGAGGUAAUUGUUUACCAGGCAAUUGUUUGUUUUGUUAUCAUUUGGUGUCAAUUUAAAUGGAUCCGUCGGAAUUUUGAAAGCGUGGCCGCAAAAAUGAAAGGACCUAAAGGAUAUCCAUUAAUUGGCUCAUCAUUCGACUUCAUUGGAACACCCGAACAGGUUAUGGAAAAAAUACUUAAAAUAGACGAUAAAUACAGUCCAGGACCCAUUAAAAUAUGGGUUGGCCCAUAUUUUGGAGUUAUUGUUAUCAAACCAGAGGACGUGCAAGCUGUAUUGAAUAAUUCAAAGGCUCUGCAGAAAGAUCGUUUUUACGAUUUCAUUAAGAAUAUUUUCGGAGAAGGGUUGUUAACUGCCCCUGUUCAUAAAUGGCGAAAACAUCGUCGUCUCAUUACACCCUCGUUCAACGCCACUCUUCUAAAUCAGUUUUUCCCUGUAUUUAACGAGAAAAACAAAAUUCUCAUUAGGAAUCUUAAGAAAGAAUUAUUUAAAACGACACCAUUUGAUCUCUGGGACUACAUCGCACCAACAACUCUAAAUUUAAUUUGUCAAACCGCAAUGGGCUAUAAUCUUGACACUCAAUCAGAAUAUGGAACUGAAUUUGAGAACGCAAUGAUAAAAGCUUCAGAAUUGGAUUCCUUAAGGAUGAAAACCCCGUGGUUGUACUUCAGCUUUAUGUUUAAACUAUAUCUUAAACUUAAAGGACAUUCCGAUGUAUUUAAUACGUUAUACAAAUUACCAUUAAAAAUGAUCCAGGAAAAAAAAGAAGCCUUUGCACAGAGGAAAAUAUUGAACAAACCAAGUGCGGUUGAUGUUACAGACAAUGAAAGAAACAAAUUAAAAGUAUUUUUGGACACAUUAUUUGAAUUGAACGAAGCUGGAGCUAACUUCUCUGAUGAUGAUAUUAAGGAUGAAGUUGUGACCAUGAUGAUCGGCGGUAGUGAAACCAGUGCUAUUACAAUCUGCUUUAGUCUUUUAAUGUUGGCCAUUCACCCAGAUAUCCAAGAUAAAGUUUACGACGAGAUUUAUGAAGUAUUUCAUGAUGCCGAUGAAACAAUUACUUUAGAAGACACUAGUAAACUUGUAUAUUUGGAACAAGUGUUAAAGGAAACCCUUCGAUUAUUCCCUGUAUUACCUUUGGUAUUUCGAAAACUUCAAGACGAUGUUAAAAUUGCUUCAGACGAUCUCGUACUACCAAAAGGAACGACGUGUAUCAUUUCUAUUUUAGGCACUCAUCAUUUUUCUGAAUCGUAUCCAAACCCUUGGACAUUUAAUCCAGAAAAUUUCAAUCCUGAAAAUAUUGCUAAUCGCCAUAAGUAUAGCUUUAUAGCUUUUAGCGGUGGUCCAAGAGGUUGCAUAGGAUCUAAGUAUGCAAUGAUGUCAAUGAAAGUUGCGAUGUCUACUUUCUUGCGGAACUACAGCGUACAUACACACUACACAUUCGAUGAUAUCAAAUUAAAAAUAGAUUUAUUAUUGAGAAGUGCUAAUGGAUAUCCCGUCACCAUCCAACUAAGGGAUAGAAGACCUACAUAUACGCGAGAUAAGAAAUUGUAG